UCCCAGUGUAUAAAGAUUGCCCCGUUAGGCUGUAAUCCCACAUACACUUACUAUGCAGGGAGUAAAUCCUAUUGAAUUUAUAGUGACAUGCCUAAGAUUGGGUCGUAACUUGCAAGGGGGUCCGGCUUGUUGAUUUCAAUGGGGCUUAUUUCUAAGAAAGCAUGUUUUGAAUUACAGCCUACGUUUAGCAGCACAUGGCGGCACUCCCUGCGGCUCCCAGGCUUAAUCCCGGCACAGCAGCCUUGCCGGAAGGAGCAGCCGGCUCGGCAAAGGAAUGCGAGCCGCUGAGUGGCGGUGACGCGUCACGUGAGCAUCCCAGGCUGGUGUAGACUCCAGCUACACCUACCUUUGCCCCCUGCCUGAGAGGUGGCGAUUCACAGAGACAGCUCAGCGUCAUGUCCCACCAAACCGGCAUCCAAGCUAGCGGAGAAGUCAAAGAAACCUUUGCUAGAGCAAGAAAUGGGCAAUACAGGUUUUUGAAAAUAAUUAUUGAAAAUGAACAGCUUAUUGUGGGAUCUGCUAGACAACCCGGUGAAUCCUGGGAAAAGGAUUAUGAUUCCUUCAUUCUUCCACUCCUUGAAGACAAGCAGCCGUGUUACAUACUUUAUAGAUUAGAUUCUCAAAACGCCCAGGGAUAUGAAUGGAUUUUUAUUGCAUGGUCACCAGACCAUUCUCCCGUUCGUCAGAAAAUGUUGUAUGCAGCUACUCGGGCAACUCUGAAGAAAGAGUUUGGAGGUGGCCAUAUUAAAGAUGAAGUGUUUGGCACAAACAAGGAUGAUGUUUCGUUGAAUGGUUACCAAAAGUACUUAGUAACUCAGUCUUCUCCUGCCCCUCUGACCGCAGCAGAAAAAGAACUUCGACAGAUCAAGAUUAAUGAGGUACAAACUGACGUCAGUGUUGAUACUAAGCAUCAGACUCUGCAAGGUGUAGCAUUCCCUAUAGCUAAAGAAGCCCUCCAGGCGCUGGAAAAACUGAAAAACAAACAGCUUAACUAUGUGCAAUUGCAAAUUGAUAUGAAAAAUGAAACGAUCGAACUGGCUAGUACACUCCCAACUGAGCUGAAGGACUUGCCGGAAAGAAUUCCAAAGGAUUCUGCACGGUACCAUUUUUUCCUGUACAAUCAUUCCCAUGAAGGAGACUACUUGGAAUCCAUAGUUUUUAUCUACUCUAUGCCCGGCUAUAUGUGUAGUAUACGAGAACGGAUGCUAUAUUCUAGCUGCAAGAGUCCUCUCCUAGAAAUUGUAGAAAGGCAACUAUGGAUGCAGAUCAUCAGAAAGAUUGAAAUAGAUGAUGGAGAAGAGUUGACUGCUGACUUCCUUUAUGAAGAAGUUCAUCCCAAACAACAUGCACAAAAACAGAGUUUUGCUAAGCCGAAAGGACCUGCUGGAAAAAGGGGAAUCCGAAGGUUGAUCAGGGGUCCAGCUGAAACUGAAACACCUACUGACUAAAUGCAGCACUAGGAACAAAGGCAUUGUGGUGGGAGUAGGGAACUCACCCUAGCCUUUAGUAAUGAACUGAAAGCAUUCCACACCAAUCUUUUCCAGGAGAAAAAAGUGACUGUGACUUUUCACAUCACUUAUUGGGCUAUGUCAUCUUACGUUUUAUAUGGUCUGCAACCUGUGGUUGUAAUGAAUUGGGUCAAAACUAAAACCAGAAGCUUGGAUAAGAUAAAUUCUAAUCUGAAUUAAUAUCAUAGCUAUACAGUUCAACACUACUUUGUAAUUUAUUUAUGCAAUAUAUAGAGUCCCCAAAUAGUUUGCAGUCAGUUUGAGUGACUACAUAAAAUGGAUGUUUAGCUAGAUAUUAAGAAUCUUUGUCAGCUCUAUUACCUACUACAUUUAGAGGGCUGCUUCUUUCUAAAAAGGUCCUCUUAUCUCCACACUGAAUUUUCCCUAUCCUUAAGCUGUUCUUCAGUGUAACAGUGAAAUACUUUUUCACUGUUUUCAUACCAUGAUCCUAAACAUUUAUUUGGAAGCAAGUUCUGUUGAGAUCAGUAGCCCUUUAUUCCAACUAAACAUUAAGAUCAGGCUGUGUGAGGCUGAAACCUGAUUAAUUUGAAACAGGAUUCCAAUAUUGGAUUCUUUAACAGCCUUCCAACAAUACAUUUCUUGCUCUUGAUCUGUGAGAACACUACAGUUUACAUAAAUUACAUCUUGCAGUAAGCUUAAAUACUACAUAAUAAAGAAAAUGCAGUUCUGUAAACAACAAAGAAUGCUAUGAAAUCAGUUUCUGCCAUACAAACCAUUCUGAUUUAGA